CCGUAAAGCGCCGCGCGGCUGGCGCGACAGCCGGAAGGACUGUGAGGCUGGCACUGCGGGUGGAGAUGGCGGCGAGGGAAGUCAAGUCUGUGCUCUUCGUGUGCUUGGGGAACAUUUGCCGAUCACCCAUAGCUGAAGCUGUUUUUAGAAAACUUGUAACAGAUGAAAAUGUUGAAAAUAAGUGGAGGAUAGACAGUGCAGCAACAUCUACCUAUGAAAUAGGAAACCCUCCUGACUAUCGAGGACAGGCUUGUAUGAAGAAGCAUGGCAUUAACAUGAAUCAUAUUGCCAGGCAGGUUACUAAAGAUGAUUUCCUAACAUUUGAUUAUAUACUUUGCAUGGAUGAAAGCAAUCUAAGAGAUUUGAAAAGAAAAAGCAAUCAAGUUAAAAACUGUAAAGCUAAAAUUGAAUUACUUGGAAGCUAUGAUCCACAGAAACAGCUUAUAAUUGAAGAUCCAUAUUAUGGGAAUGAAAAGGACUUCGAGGCUGUUUAUGAGCAGUGUGUUAGAUGCUGUAAAGCAUUUUUGGAGAAGCCUCAUUAAUGCUCACCAAAGAAAAUGAUACUUAGAUCUUUCUUUUUAAAGACUUAUGUAAGCUUCACUUGAAUUCAUGUAUUUAAAAUGGUGAUAUUGUGCCUCUGCAGUAGUGCUGAAUUGCAGCUUCCUUAUUUUAGUUUGUAUUGUAAUGUGAAUUAAUUUAGAAAAAAACUUAUAACAUUUUAAGAAUGGAAUUGAAGGAUCAGCUUUUUUAUUAGACGUCAGUGUAGUUUAAGUCAUUUGCAGACAACAGAAUAAAUAUCUAUGAAUUUAUUGUCUCACAAGCACCAUAAAAUUAAUGUCUUGCUUCAUUCUGUGCCAUGCAGAAUUACAUUCUUGCACAUUUUUCACACUUUAAAAAAAAAAAAAACCUGAGUAACGGCAGCUUGCUGAGGUUUUGACCCAGUUUAGUAUAUAUUUUAAGUAUUAAACUGUAAAUACCAA